AUGUAUCAAGCUAACCUAGACAAAAUAGUUGAGCAAUUCGAGGAAAUCGAAUUCACAUACUUACCAAGAGACGACAAUCAAUUCGCGGAUGCACUAGCCAAGCUAUCCUCCAUGCUUAACAUCCCGAAUGAAAUGGAAAGAAUGAACCUCCGAGUCGAAAGGAGAGAAGAACAGGCUACUAUUGCGUCAUUGACAACGGACCCGAGCCAGUGGCAGAGGAGUCUUGGGUACUACUGGACCACUAUGGAAACAGACUAUUACCAUUUCGUCAAAACGUUCCCCAAAUGCCAGAUAUUCAGCAAUCUGAAUCACUUGCCUCCCUCAGAACUAUACACUUUCACAUCCCCUUGGCCAUUCUCCACCGGGGGCAUCGACAUAAUUGGCAAAAUCAUACCAACAGGUGUCAGAGGACAUGAAUAUGUCCUAGUCGCAAUCGAUUACUUCACCAAGUGGGUAGAAGCAUGCUCAUUUUCCAAAAUAACGGCUAAACAUGUCGCAAAGUUUCUAGAAAGAAACAUUUUCUACAGAUACGAAGUUCUACACGAGCUAAUAAGCGACCAAGGUUCCCACUGCAGGGCCGAAGUCCAAGACUUACUUGAAAAAUACCGAGUUAAACAUCACAAGUCAUCACCGUACAGACCCAAGAUGAAUGGAGCGGUCGAAUCGACCAACAAAAAACUCAAAGUUAUAAUUGAAAAAAUGGCCGAUAAUUACAAAGAUUGGCCUAACAAGUUGUAUUUCGCUUUAUGGGGAUACCGGAACUCUAUCCGCACCUCCAUAGGAGUAAACCCAUACUCCCUAGUAUACGGAAUGGAAGCUGUUCAACCCGUGGAAUUGGAAAUCCCUUCUCUUCGCAUAGUCCUAGAAAGUAAGUUUCCUGAAGCAGAAUGGGUACAAUCCAGAUACGACGAGCUCACCUUACUGGACGAACGAAGGCUAAGGGCCCUGCACCACAUGUAUGUAUAUUAG